AUGGCUAUAAAUAGCAAAAAUGGAACUGAUGCUGCAAAACUUCUACUAUCUUGUCUUAAUUCUUAUGUCUGUCUUUAUUUUACAGGAGAAGAUGAAAGUCAAGCUGCUACAUGGCAUGCUGUUGCUUCAUGGACGUGGGAUGCCCAAGAUGAAACAUGUGGAAUUUGUAGGAUGGCCUUUGAUGGUUGCUGUUCUGACUGUAAACUCCCUGGUGAUGAUUGCCCAUUGAUUUGGGGUGCUUGUAAUCAUGCUUUCCAUCUUCAUUGCAUCUUGAAAUGGGUGAAUUCACAGACUUCUCAAGCGCAUUGUCCCAUGUGCCGUAGAGAGUGGCAGUUCAAAGGCUAAUCAAUUAAUAAAAUUUUAACCAUUUUUGGUAGUCUGCUCAUGUCUUAGAAUACAUCCUUUUAACUAUUCUCAUUUUGAUCUACAUAUACUCUAGAAUCACCAGAUUUGAAUUUUGCUAUCGUGCUUUAUUUAAAGUGGACCAUGGUUUGGGUAUCUGCCAUUAUACACACUCCUCUCAGAAGAAAUAGUUGUCACUAAGAAUUUUGAGGGUCCAUUCGGAAGCUUGAUUGGAGGGCUCCCACCGUGCCGGAGGGUGUGUUUUAUGGCUGGACCCCCUCCAAUCGGGCUCCUACAUUUAUUGUUAGUCUCUGGUUUUGCCUUGUUUGUAGAACGGUCUUUCUCCAUGUGAUGAUUUUGUGUGCUUAAAGAAAGGUUCUAGUCUUGAGGUCAGCCUUUAACUCAUAUCCAAAGCAGUGAUCUUUCUAUUCUAUUUUGUGGUUAAUGAUAUUUGCUUCUUCUGUCUAACUGCAGAAAGGUAGUCUUCCUCAUUUAUUUGUUUGUAGACCGGAGAGUCUAGGGUUCUGGUUUUGACAGUAUGUGCCCAUUUCUCUUUCUCUCUCCCAAAACGAACGGAGUUCUAUAACAAAUUUAGCUACAUGGGAAACCAAUUCAAGUUUAGACAAAAGAUCAAAGUUUCUUCUCAUUAAGAUUAAUUUCCAUAACAAUGUUUAACUCUUACAUGAGAACUGCAAUGCUGAAUGCUGAUUGAAAACAUGAGGGUAGACUAAAACUGUACUUUUUGAAAAGAUGAAUAUAAUGCAUGUCCUGCUCAUCAAAUCAACGGAGGAACAUAAUAGCUGUAUAUACAUUUUUAAUGAAU